AUGACGAGUCCUAAUUGCGUAGAAGAGGAAGAGAACAAAAAUGUUGCAAAUGGUGAGAUGGAUUCGCCAGAGGGGAGUGGGCAUGUUACAGUGAGCACCCGUUAUAAAAAUUCGGAUAAAGAUGGAGUCGAAGGGGGACAGCCCUUUACUCAAAGUGGAAACGUAAAAUAUAGUGAGAACAGUGCAUGCACACCUGUCGCGGCUACGGCUAUCACUGGCGCUAGCUUUGAUAAGAAGAGAAAAGCUGAAGCAGUGGAAGAACGGUACCAAAUGGACAGGACCCUUAACAACAUGAGCAGUGCCCCCACGGUUGAUAAAAUUGACUCGAUGGAAAAGUCAACUAUUGGUGGCCUGAACAAGCAUGCGAAAACAGGGGAUGGAGGCGUAAGUUGUGCCGACCCCACCCAGAAGAACGGCAAGGGGGUCGAUAAGCUGAAUGUGGACAGUUGCGCCACGAACACGGAGUUCGAAAGUGAUGACACUGCUCAGGAGAAAGCGAUCACAGGGGAUGCUAAAGAGGAACAAAGAGGAGUGGAAGCAGGGGAAAAUAUCAGAACCGAACUAGCACAAGGUGACGCCAGUAAGGAGGAAAAGGCGAAAGAAAAAACGAUUGAGCCUGCGAGGAUGAAGAACGAAGGAAAAGAAAUACAUGCCCAACCGGAAGCGAAUAAUAAUAAGAAGGAAAGCUACAAAUAUUUUAUUGAUUAUAGCAAAUACAGAAAUAAAAAUAAUGUAACGUUCUCGACCAAGUAUAAAGACAGCUGUGUGAAUUUAAGCAGUGAUAAGUUGACCUGUUAUGGAGACAAAGGAUGGUCCAGUGUUUUCGUGAAUAAUGGGGCAGACGUCGGAAAAUGGUACUACGAAAUAAAAAUUGAAGAACCUGUGCAAAAUUUCCAGUUCUUAGGUUAUAAGGACAAAGUGAUAAAGGUAAACCCAUAUAUAAGAGUUGGUUUCGCUUGCAGAUACAUGAGAUAUGACUAUCCUAUAGGAACAGACAAAUAUAGCUACUGCGUCAAUAGCAAAAAUGGAAGAAUUUUUAACAACUCCAUAAGCUACGACUGCAUGGAACCAAUUAAAGUAGGUGAUAUCAUUGGUUGCUACUUAAAUUUAAAGAACAAAAAUACUUAUAACUUCGAUCCAAGAUCAGAUAAAAAAUUGUACGAAUAUUUGCAAAAUGGUAUUCUAUGUGAUCCAAAAGAUCCACCCAUUUUGAAGAAAAACUACGGUUCGUCUAUUUUUUUCUCCCUAAAUGGGCAAAUAAAGAAAAACGCUUUUGUUGAUAUUUAUGAAGGGUUUUAUCAUCCGUCCGUCAGUUUGUACAUGGGUGCUUCGGCAAAAAUUAAUUUGGGUCCUCAUUUUGCGUAUAACCAUUUGAAUGAUUACAUCCCGUGUGUGUUUAUGGAGCCGCCGAUUAUUCUGUGA